CGAAUGCAGUCGAAACUGGAAAGAUAUCAGAGUUGUAGAGAGAGAGAGAGAGAGAGAGCAGGCGAUUUUAUAGAAGUCGUCUCCAUACAGAAUCACCAUUUCCUCCGCCUUUCCUUCUCCUUCCACCGGGAAAAGGAAAAUAAAGUCCCUCCGAAGAACCAAAAGACAGAGGGAGGAUCUGAUCUGAUCUGAUCUAAUCUAAUCCUCCUCGGGUACAAUUUUCAUUCCUUGCGGCUCUCUCUCUCUCUGUGUCUCGCUAUGGCUUCUAAGCGGAUCUUGAAGGAACUCAAGGAUCUCCAGAAGGAUCCUCCUACAUCUUGCAGCGCUGGUCCAGUGGCCGAGGACAUGUUUCACUGGCAAGCAACAAUUAUGGGUCCUCCAGACAGUCCUUAUGCUGGUGGAGUUUUCUUAGUUACCAUCCAUUUUCCUCCAGAUUAUCCAUUCAAGCCACCUAAGGUGGCAUUUAGGACGAAGGUUUUCCACCCAAAUAUAAACAGCAAUGGAAGCAUAUGCCUUGACAUUUUGAAGGAACAAUGGAGCCCUGCGCUAACCAUUUCCAAGGUAUUACUCUCUAUCUGUUCUUUGUUGACGGACCCGAAUCCAGAUGAUCCCCUGGUGCCAGAGAUUGCUCAUAUGUACAAGACUGACAAGAACAAGUAUGAGACAACUGCAAGGAGCUGGACCCAGAAGUAUGCCAUGGGUUAGGCAUUCUAUAUUAUGUACUCGGGCGGAGCCUCUCUUCCUAAUACUUGGUCUUUCGGUUCUAUGUAUGAAUGAAAUUAAGACUUGCCUCUUGAAUCCUAAAAUGGACAAAUGGAGGGGUUUGAAACAUGCCUUAAAAGGAGGGAAACAAGCAAAUGUUGCUUUUAAUUGUUUGUAUGGCUUAUUUGAUCUUCAUAACUUAAAAUGUUUCCCAAAUUUGGUAAUUACCAUGUUUUUCCCAGACAUUAUUUCCAGUUUACUAGAAUCUUAAGUUAUCGUUUCUGAUAA